UUGGAAGGGAAUGAGUACAAUCAAAAUGGCAGCUUCAACUAUAUACUUGACCACAAUUUUUGCUAAAACCAAGCGAACAAUUGCAAAGAGACAGGAAGAUGACUGCCAAACUUGCCAACCGCACAGGACAGGACAAUCAGUGCCAAUCAUUCAGCACCUAAUCGAAUUUCUUUGUAUGUACUAGUAAAAAAAAAAAAAUGAAUCCGUUUCCAUCCAUCCUCGUCUUGAUUGACAACACAGCUCGAUCCAACAAGCCCAGAAAAGUCGCAGCCGCCAACCACCGGACCCGACCCCACGUCCGCGAUGCCCACGCCGUGAGCCCGUGAGGCGCGCCGCUGCAGCCGCCGCCGCCACCGCCACCGCAGCCGCAGCCGUUACUAUGACCUCGCCGGCCCCCACAUCCUGGUUCUCCGGCCUCGCGCGCUCCUCCUCCUCCUCCACCAUGGCCGGCGGCGUCGCCUCCGCCCCCGCCUCCGCCUCCGCGUCCGCGUCCCUCCCCGACGCGCCCAAGUCGUCCGUGGUCGGCGCCGGCCCCGGAGGAGGCAAGCGGAAUCACCUCCGCGGGGCGCUGUUCAAGUACGGCCCCAAAUCCGCGCAGGUAGCAUUCAGGACUGGUGAUUUUAACCAUCAGGUGAUCUUCAUUGGUGGCCUCACAGAUGGGCUUUUAGCUACUGAUUACUUGGAACCAUUGUCACUUGCAUUGGAGGUUGAGAAAUGGUCCUUGGUACAGCCAUUGCUUUCUUCAUCAUACACUGGAUAUGGAAUUUCCAGCUUAGAGCAAGAUGCAUUGGAACUAGAUCAGCUCAUCAGUUACCUAAUAAAUAAAGAAAAUUCUGAAGGAGUAAUAUUGCUUGGUCAUAGUACUGGAUGCCAGGAUAUUGUGCAUUAUAUGCGCACAAACUUUGCUUGUUCCAAAGCAGUUUCUGGGGUCAUAUUACAGGCUCCAGUAAGUGAUAGGGAGUAUAGAGCAACCCUUCCAGAAACAGCUGAAAUGAUAGACCUGGCAGCGAAAAUGAUUAGCGAGGGCCGCGGAAUGGAAUUGAUGCCUAGAGAAGCAAACCCAGAUGCUCCUAUUACUGCCUACAGGUACCACUCCCUUUGUUCAUAUAUGGGUGAUGAUGACAUGUUCAGUUCAGAUCUAAGUGAAGAUCAGCUGAGGCAGAGACUUGGUCAUAUGUCAACCACACAGUGCCAGGUUAUUUUUUCAAUGGGGGAUGAAUAUGUACCUGAAUAUGUUGAUAAGGAGGCUCUAGUAGACAGACUAUGUAGAGCGCUGGGAGGUGCAGAGAAAGUUGAGAUAGAAUGGGGAAACCAUGCUCUGUCCAAUAGAGUGCAAGAAGCAGUUCGGGCCAUUGUAGAUUUUGUCAAGAGGGAGGGGCCCAAAGGCUGGGAUGAUCCAUGGAGCUAGAUGUAGCAGUUAUAUCUCAUUUGUAACUAGUUUGUGCUUUUUUGCUUUUCUUUUUCUCCAAUUGUAACAUCAUCUUUGUUUUGCAUUAUUCUUGGUCCAUUUUUUUAUACAAUGAUAUGCUAAUUUUCUCAUUUUCUCCUUAGCAUGCAUCAUGUUCUCAUUCUGGUAUGAUGUAUCACAUUUGUAAAUUGCAAUUGCGUUCCGAAUCUUGGUAACCUGAUCAGUUUAGUGAUUACAACUGCUCCAUGGAAGUAUCAACAUUCAACCUCCAGAACAGGUCGUCUUGAUGCACUUCAUAAUUUAUUAACCAAUUUCAUUUUGUUCAA